AUGAUCGUCCCCUCGUCUUCGUCUUCCUCUUCUUCCUCAUCUGGUAUCCUCAAGACACUAGCAGUCGGCGUCACUGGCUAUUGCGCCGCUUGGGGCGUCUACUACCUCGUGCAGGAUACCUUCAGGAACUCACACAUCAAGAAGAGGAAGCGGAGAUUUGACAACAGAGUGCGCAGAAGCUCGUCCAAGCCGUCACAAGACGUAUCCAAGGAGGAGAGGAAGGCUGCUGUCAUCGAGCGCUUUGCCUCCCUCUCUGUCCUCGGACGGUAUGUGAAUCCCUUUGGCGAGUGGCGCGAACAGGGAGCUUGGGAGUACGUUGCUUGGAAGUCUUGGGUGCUCUUCAUACAGGGUCGACUGUGGUAUGAUGGAGGAUUGGCGAAGUUGAAGAAGACCAAGGAGGGAAGAGCCAGAAUCGAGGCAACCCUCCCGGUCCGGCAACCUGAGUGGGACAAGUAUCCUCAGGCAAGCAGUGGUCGGAGCCCAGCAGAGGAGGAAGACUGGCAUAGGAUGAGCAAGAGCGACUUCGAAGGCGAUGACGGCGCACUCAGCAGACUCCCAUCAGAGGAGGCCAAGAUUCGGUAUACUUGGGUGGGCCAGUCUACAUUCUUGAUCGCAUAUGCGGGCAUCACUAUCCUCACAGAUCCCGUCUUUGAGGUGCAGCCGGUACCGUCUGCGUGGAGCCCCAACCGGAUCACAGAUGUGCCUUGCACAAUCCAAGACAUUGUCUCGCGCGUGCAGCUGGACAUUGUUCUUGUCUCACAUAACCACUUUGACCACUUCGACAGCCGAUGUGUUCCUCAUGUACCCGAUACCACCACGUGGAUCGUCCCCUUGGGCAUGAGGAGACUCCUCCGGUCGUGUGGCGUCAAGAACGACCAUCAAAUCAUCGAGCUGACCUGGUGGGAAAUGAAGGAGCUCGAAUACCAUGGAACAAGACUAGACAUUCAAUCGAUACCCGCAAUACACUGGAGCGGUAGAGGUCCCUUCGACGUAAAUCAGAGCUUAUGGACGUCCUACUCUCUGCGCAUGACCCCAGCGCCGUCGCUGCCAGCAACACACAUCUACUUCUCUGGCGAUACUGGCUACUCGGCGACUUAUUACCCACACAUUUCUUCCGUCUUGCCUUCAGCUCCUGAUCUCGCCUUCCUGCCCAUUGGAUCGUAUGCCCCCCGAUGGCAUAUGCGACCACAGCAUGUCUCUCCCGCGGAUUCUGUUCAGAUUGCGGAGGACAUUGGGGCAAAGAAGGUCGUAGCAAUGCAUUGGGGUACUUGGCUGAUGAGUGAUGAGGAAUGGGACGAGCCUCCUCAGCUGCUACGCCAAGCGUUACAAGAGAAGCAAGGCAUCAAAGUCAAGGGUCAGCUGUCGUUUGAGACUGUAGAGCUGGGAGCGACCAACGAGCUCGCUCUUUAG